AUGGGCCCAGGUCUUUGCCUCCUCCUCCUGGAGGCUUUUGUGAAGGCCUGUCCUAUUUGGCCUAGGUCUCAUGUUGCAUUUGGGGCAGGGCAGAGGGUCCACGCUGGUGGGAGCAUGGGUGAGUGGAAGAGCCAUACUUUGAGGUUUGGGGAGGAGGAGGUGGAGGCUGAGAAAAGAACGCUCUGCUUACGGCCGAUGAGGCCCAUCACGCUCGGAGUAAAAGCCAAAGUCCUCACAAGGCCUUGCUCCCCUUCAGUCCCCCUCUUGUGCUCAGUCGCUCAGUGGUGUCUGACUCUUUGGGACCCCACAGACUGUAGCCCGCCAGGCUCCUCUGUCCAUGGUAUUCGGCAGGCAAUAAUACUGGAGUGGGUUGCCACGCCCUCCUCCAGGAGAUCUUCCCAACCCAGGGAUAGAACCCACGGCUCUUAUUUCUCCUGCAUUGGCAGGUUGAUUCUUUACCACUAA